ACGAAUAUUCCCGGCUUCGAAGCUCUGGGUGCCGCAGGGUUAGGGCUGGAGCCGUGGCGCGCGAGGAGGUGCCGCUGUUCUUCCUCCCCGGUAUGGAUUGUGGAGCUGGCUUGGAUCUAGGAUGCAAUGUAGGUCGCGAUUCGGCUUAGAAUCCGCCGAAAUUCCCGAGCUGGGGGUGUGUUCUUCGAUCGGCAAUGAGGAGCAGGCACUAGAUUCAAGCGGAUGGGGCCCCGGCACGCGCCCAGGGGCCCCAUUUUCUCCAGUGUUGUGGGCUCAUGAUUUCUGGAGCUGGGAGAAGAUGAGGUGAAAAUCUGGCUGGAAGGCAGCAGCUCGGGGCGAUGGGAAGGAUAAUGCUGGCGCUCGUCGUGGGAAUUCUCGUCUUGUCGAGCUCCUGGCGGGCGGAUUCCUUGGCGGACGAUGCCUCGGCGCUGCUGAAAUUUCGGGAUGGGGUCACUGGCGAUCCAGGGGGGCUGAUCAGGAGCAGCUGGGUUGCCAACAGGGUGGAUCCGUCGGGCUGCCCCUCGCAGUGGCACGGGGUAGUGUGCUCCAAUGGCAGCGUCACUGGUUUGGCACUGGGCGAUCUCCAGCUCCAGGGAGAAAUCUCUCCUGGAACGAUCGGCAGGCUGUCCAGGCUCACGUCGCUGCUUCUCGGCAACAAUUCUCUGGGUGGAAAGCUUCCAGAGGAUCUGGGCGAGCUCCAUGCUCUCCAGUUUUUGGAUCUGUCGGCCAACCAGUUCGUGGGAUCCAUCCCGAGCUCCUUUGCCGGCCUGCGCAGCGUGGUAAACUUUUCUCUCUCGUCAAACAAGCUCGAGGGGCCGGUCCCGGAUAUGUUUGCGAGCAUGGUCCGGCUCGGAGAUCUCGACUUAAGCGGCAAUUCGCUCUCGGGUGGCAUCCCUCCAUCGAUCACUUCGUUGCGGCAGCUUGUCUCGCUCAACCUCUCGUGGAACGCGUUUAGCGGUGUGAUCCCGAGAGAGAUGAGCAGCUUGGAAAGCUUGCACCGGCUGGAUCUUCGCCAGAACAGGCUCUCCGGAGAGGUGGAUCCCGUGCUCAUGGGUCUCAGCCGCAUGGAAGUGAUCGACAUGAGCUGCAACGAGCUCUCGGGGUUGCUCCCGUGGCAGCAGGGUGCUCCAUUUGUUUUCCCGCAAGGCAUCAGCUCGGUAAAUCUCAGCUCCAACAGGUUUACUGGCGAGCUGGCUCCCGAGAACGCGGCGAGCUUGUUUGCGAGCGAGCUGCAAAUCCUGGACGUGAGCAGCAACUUGUUGUCGGGGAAGCUUCCGUCGUUUUCGUUUGUCUUCUCGCUACGUGUCUUGAGACUCCAGAACAAUUCCUUCGUGGGAUAUGUACCUCCGGCGCUUCUCGCCACGGAAUCUGUGCUGGAGGAGCUUGACAUCAGCUUCAACAAUCUUUCCGGUACUAUUGGAAUGGUGGCAGCCACCAGUCUAUCGAUCUUAAGGCUAGCGUCGAAUAACCUCUCGGGUACUUUGCCGAUAAGACUGGGAAGCUGCGCCAUAGUAGACUUCAGCAACAAUAAUUUUUCCGGGAACUUGGACGUGAUCAAAGACUGGAGGGACAGCUUACAGGUUCUCGACCUCAGCGGCAACUCUUUUGACGGCGUUCUCUCCAACGAAACAGCACACCUCCUCCGACUAAUGUACCUCAACGUAUCUCACAACGCCUUGUCUGGUCCUAUUCCCGGUACUCUCGCAUCCCUCCGCAAACUGACCGCGUUAGACCUCAGCUCCAACAAUCUCGAUGGUGAAAUCCCUGGUGAUUUUUUUCAUUCCCCGUCUCUAACCAUUUUCAGAGUCGCAAACAAUAAUCUCGUGGGUGGGAUUCCAGUCGUGAGCUUCCUUUCCUCUUCCGCCAUCCCCGGUGAGCUCUUGUCGCCCACCUCCAUCUCUUCCACUCCCCCAGCGGUUUUGUUCUCCCCGUUACAAGUCCUUGACUUAUCUUUCAACAGUCUCAAUGGUUCCAUCCCCCAAGAAAUUGCUUCUCUUUCGGGACUAGUCGUCCUUAACCUGGGAGGAAACGACUUCACUGGAGGCAUUCCCAGUCAGCUCUCACGGUUGAGGUACUUGGAGAAUUUGGAUCUUUCAUCUAACCAUCUUCGUGGCCGGAUUCCAGCACAGCUUCCAUCUUCAUUACAGACAUUGAACCUGACAAACAACGACUUGUCGGGACAUAUACCAGCAAACUUGCUAUCAAGAUUUCCACUGUCGUCUUUUUUCCCGGGCAAUGCCGGACUUGUAGUACCUGGAAGCAGCGGGGCUGGAAUCCCGUCCUUGCGGUCCAGGCGGGGCAAAGGAUUAUCAUCCGCAGUGAAGGCCGGCUUGAUUGGGGGGUGUGUAGCAGCAACAGUCAUCAUCAUUGCGAUCGCUCUGUUCGUCUACUCCAGAUUGCAAGCAGCUGACAAAAAUUCUUCGGAUGAACGUGACGUGGUAAAAAGUCCUCACCGGUUGGAGUUCGGGCCUCCAUCUGCGGCUAAAGCUGGUGCUUCAGUGAGCUUAUCGAGGGAGCAGCUUCUACCUCAACAAGGAAACGUCCCUGGCUCUCCGGAGCAAGGUGACGGACGGGACACCAAGAAGAAACAGGAAGGCUUGCUCACAAGAAAGCGAAGCAAGAGUCGAACAACGCUGCUCGACGAAGGUCCGUCAUCACUCGAACGUGCUCCCAGUCAGAAGGCCCGUUCUCCCGAUAAGCUGGCUGGAGAUCUCUUUCUACUUGACAGUUCGAUUGUCUUCACGCCGGAAGAGCUGUCGAGCGCGCCUGCUGAAGUUCUCGGUCGCAGUAGCCAUGGUACUUCGUACAAGGCAACGCUCGAAAAUGGACACAUGCUGGCAGUCAAGUGGCUGCGAGAAGGACUUGCCAAGAACAAAGCAGCAUUCACUCGUGAAGCUAGAAAGUUUGGUUCCAUUCAACAUCCAAACAUACUUCCUCUCCGAGGCUAUUACUGGGGGCCGAGAGAACACGAGAAGCUCGUCAUAUCGGACUACCUCAGCUUUGGAAGUUUAUCUGAUCGACUUACUGAAAGAAGUGGUCGAAGAUUUCCACCACUAGAAUGGUCACAGCGAGUGCGCAUUGCAGUCGAUAUUACGCGCGGACUUUCGUAUCUGCACACCAAGCACAAGCUCCCUCACGGCAACUUGAAAGCUAGCAACGUCCUACUGGAUGGAUCUUCUCUCGUAGCGCGGCUGUCUGACUACAGCAUUCACCGGCUCAUGACACCCGCUGGAACAGCCAACCAGAUUCUCAACGCGGGAGCGCUGGGAUACCGCGCUCCCGAGCUUGCACACGCCAGGAAGCCAAAGCCAACUCUCAAAGCGGACAUAUACGCCUUCGGUGUGAUCCUGAUGGAGAUUGUCACGGGCAAAGGUGCCGGAGACAUCAUCUCUGGAAACUCUGGAGCUGUGGACCUCACGGACUGGGUGAAGCUGCUCGUCUCGGAAGGCAGGGGUCCGGAGUGCUACGAUCAGGCACUGGUUGGCUAUGACAGGGAUCAAGAGCCACCGCAGGGGAUCGACGAUGUUUUGGCUCUGGCGCUAAGUUGCAUUUUGGAGCGCUCGGAGAGGCCGAGUAUCAAAGUGGUCCAGGAAGAUUUGCGUGCUGCUUGUCCAGAGAAAAACUAACAGGACGCUUUUUCUAGUUGUAAGAUUUUUAUAGAUUUGCCAUGCUCAUUAUUUGAUGCACAUAAUAAAAUCUUGUUAUGUGUUUAUUA